CUUUUUUACCCUGAAACAGUGUCAGAUUAUAGAGAAAGAUCAAUUAAAGUAAUGACUUGCUUUAUGCAUAUGCACAUUUAUGUAAACAAUGGUUUGGUAGCCUUUAUGUUAAGAUAUACAUACCAUCCUAUCCUACCGAUGACAGGGUUCAGUUAUAGGCUACGUAGGUCUGUGAACAGUGCCUGUGGUUUGGGAGAGUCUAGAAAGGGACUUUGUGGUGCGUCUUUAUUACCAUAGUCUAAAAAGGCUUUUCUUGGUUAGCCACUGUUGUUUCAAAGGCCAGAGUCCUGAGCUUUGAUGGGUUCAUGCUGUUACAUCCUCGGUAAUCUGGAGGAAUUCAUGGCUGUGUCACAGCUUUUUUGUACCAUAAUACCCUUUUCUUGGGUUUUGUAUCUUCCUUCGUACUGCAAGUUAUUUCACCACCACCCCUUGAGCCUGUGUAUCCUCCUAUCAGGGUUGUGGGUUGUUUCAGUCCUGAAACUGCUGCUGCACGUUGGUUCCUUCAUUUUUGAAUCCCCUCCCCCUUCCGCUGUGCCACCUUGUGUUAAUCUUGUUGUGUUGUUGAUGGUGGGACAGGAAAAUACUAAAGUCUGAAAUUACCAAGUUGUUAAUGGCUUCAACUUCUUGCGUUGGUAACACCUCAUUACCCAUGAAAGAUGCAGCUUCGAGCUAUCAUGCAUAUCCCCUUCCUCUAGCAAAAUAUGAGGAGGUUAUAGACAAUUCCCAGCUUUUCAUGUUUACCUUGGAAAAGCUUCAUGCAUCUAUGGGUACCAAGUUCAUGAUUCCUAUUGUUGGAGGAAGAGAACUAGAUUUACAUCGCCUCUUCAUUGAAGUGACAUCCCGAGGAGGGAUUGCCAAAAUAAUUAGAGAGAGGAAAUGGAAAGAUGUAACUUCAGUUUUCAAUUUUCCAUCAACAGCUACAAAUGCGUCUUUUGUGUUGCGGAAGUACUAUGCUUCAUUGCUUUACCAUUACGAACAGAUCUACUAUUUUAAAGCCCGUGAAUGGGACCCUACUGCUCCUGAUGUUUUGCAGAAUCAAUCAACCCUGCCAGUUCCUCCUCCAAAAAUGCAGUUUCCGCAGCCUUUGUCAGAAAUUCAACCAGUUGCGUUUCAACACUCAAAUGUUAAUGCUGCUAAAUUGCCUGAAGCAAUGGCAGCAUCUUCGGCAGGGUCUCCAGUCAUUGGGGUCAUUGAUGGGAAAUUUGAAAGUGGGUAUCUAGUUACUGUCACAAUCGGUUCGGAGAAACUCAAAGGUGUACUUUAUCAAGCUCCACAGACCCCUGGUUUGCCAGCAUCCCAUCACAGUGCCUCAGCUAAUACCAACAAUGCUUCUGCUUCAUCGGGUGUCCAUCGUCGGCGACGCAGGAAGAAAUCAGAAAUAAAGAGGAGGGAUCCUGCUCAUCCAAAACCAAACAGAAGUGGUUACAAUUUCUUCUUUGCUGAACAACAUGCAAGACUAAAACUAGUUCACCAUGGGAAGGAUAGAGAGAUUAGUAGGAUGAUUGGUGAACUCUGGAACAAGUUAAAGGAAUCGGAAAAAACGGUUUAUCAAGAGAAGGCCAUGAAGGAUAAGGAGAGGUACAGAGCAGAAAUGGAAGAUUAUCGGGAGAGACAGAGGAUGGGCCAAGUUAUAAGUGAUGCUGUGCCGCUUCAACAAAGACUUCCUGAACCAGAUACAGAUAUGAUGGAUGUUGACAUGAAAAUGGAUGAAGCUGAGGGAGAUUCUCCUCAAACUCCAGAAGAGAGCAGUUCUGGUGGAAGUGACUAUGAAGAUUAUAACAAAACUGCAGAGAGAGGUUUUGAUAUGGAUGCAUUGCCUGUUAUAGGAGUGGGGGCUGAAACAAGCUAUUUGGGUUCAGAAGAGAAGUCAUCCAAGGGGGGUUUAUGAGCUUCUCUAGUAGAUAGUAAGAGUGAGAGAAGUUAGCUGGCACUAAUUUUUAGCGCACACAGAGAGAUUUUGUUAUGAUAAUUUAGAAGUUGAGAUGAGAUGCAGUGGAGAUUUGAGGUAGGAUUACGUUGCAGUGCUUACUUGCUUGCUCACACAGUUCUUAACUGUGGUUUUUGUCAAUUUUAAGGUUUCAAUUUUAGUGUUCAUGUUGGUUCAUGCUAUUGUACAUUUGGCAUGCUGGCAUGAUGGUGGUAUGGUAACUAAUGUUGGUAACUGGGGAGUAUCCUCUUCCUAUGUUAUUAGGUCGACUGUGGCCGUAGAAUAAAAUGUUGCCUGUUUACAUUUGUAGUUCUUAA